AUGGCGCCUGGGGGAAUCCUCGCGGGCUUGCUCGGUUCGUUGGCUUGCGUACUCGUCCUUUUGCACUUUGUUUUCGUCGUGGAAGAUACUCAACCCUCACCAUGGUACUCUUCCAAGACAAGCGCAUAUUCCGGUAGGUCACGGCAAUCGAAUGGGGAAGACGAUGUGUUUCUCUUGGGUACUGGGAAGGCUGAUAUUACUGGACCUGUCGUGGAGCUCAACCUCAUGGGUUACGCGGAUAUAAAUCAAGUGGGAACCGGACUUCGACAGCGCAUCUAUUCCCGUGCCUUUAUCGUGGGAAGCACCAAGAAUCCUGAUGAGCGUUUUGUAUACCUCGUUCUCGAUAAUGCGAUGGGUGACACUGCAAUUAGACAAGGUAUCUUGGACGGGCUUAGAGCUCUAGGUGGAGAGUACACUCGCUACGGAAAGAUGAAUGUUGCCGUUACAGGGACGCACUCACACGCGGGACCUGGAGCAUGGUUGAACUACCUCCUACCACAGAUUACAAGCUUGGGCUUUGAUAAACAGAGCUAUCGGGCAAUUGUUGAUGGCGCAUUGUUAUCUAUCAAGAGAGCUCAUGAGAACUUGGCUCCUGGCCGGCUGAGCUUUGGAUCUAUCGAAGUUGAGGACGGCGCUAUUAACCGCAGCCCAUCCGCAUAUAUCGCGAAUCCGGAGGAAGAAAAAAAACGUUACAAUUCCGAUGUUGACAAGACACUGACUCUCUUGAAAUUCGACCGGAUCGCCGAUCAGAAAACUAUCGGUAUCCUUACCUUUUAUCCUGUGCAUGGAACAUCGCUUUUCGGUAACAAUACACUUAUCGCUGGAGAUAACAAGGGCGUUGCUGCGUACUUGUUUGAGAGAAGUGUUCAGGAUGAUGCGAAAUAUGCAGAUGACUUUGUGGCCGGAUUCUCGCAGUCUAACGUUGGAGACACGUCCCCCAACACCCUUGGAGCUUGGUGUGAGGAUGGAUCUGGUCUUCCGUGUACCUUCAAAGAAAGCACUUGCGGUGGGAAAACCACAGCCUGCCAUGGUCGUGGGCCCUAUUUCCGCGAAAUGGACCAAGGGGCAAAAAGCUGCUUUGAAAAUGGUCGCCGACAGUAUGCUGCAGCCAAAGAUCUGGUUGCCAAAAUGAACUCAACGGCCGUUACAAUUCGUGGAGCCGAUAAUGUAGCCGCCUUCCAUACAUUCCAAGACUUUUCAAAUUUUACUUUCACGUCUCCGCUUGAUCCCAGUCGUGGCAACCUGAAUACUUGCUACGCCUCCCUUGGCUUUUCGUUCGCCGCAGGCACCACCGAUGGCCCUGGGGUGUUUGAUUUCACCCAGAACGCAACGGAUGGAUCCACGAAAAACCCAUUCUGGUAUGUCGCAAGAGACCUCCUCCAUGCCCCUUCGAAAGAGCAGAAGAAAUGCCAAGAACCUAAAAUCAUCCUGCUUGACGUUGGCGGAUCGAAAUUGCCCUACGCCUGGUCUCCAAACAUUGUAGACGUCCAGCUGUUCCGUGUAGGCCAAAUGGUCAUAAUUGUGUCUCCAGGUGAAGCGAGUACAAUGGCUGGCAGACGAUGGAAAGAGGCUAUCUCCAAAUCAGCAACCGAUGUUCUCGGGAUCUCCGACCCUAUCACCGUCUUGGGCGGUCCCGCAAAUACCUAUGUCCAUUAUAUCACCACAGAAGAAGAAUAUGGUGUACAGCGUUACGAAGGAGCAUCUACACUCCAUGGACCCCAUACCUUGGCUGCUCACAUGAAUCUAACCCUCACAUAUCUGCCAUAUCUCAAAGAUUCGCCAUCUAGAAAGAAGUUGCCGCCCUUCCCUGCGGGACCUAGCCCACCAAUCCAUACGGAUAUAUCAUAUUCUUUCAUAACUCCAGUUAUCCACGACACCACGCCGAUUCAAAAGAAAUUUGGGGAUGCUAUCUCCUCUCCAGACAAGUCCAAAGCUUACAAACCAGGGGACACAGUUAGAACCAAGUUCAUCGGCGCCAAUCCACGGAAUAACCUUAGGCUCGAGGGAACAUAUACUGCUGUUGAGUACUCAGCGCCAGGCUCGAGGAGCUGGGAGGUAGUUCGGGACGAUUUCGACUGGACGUUAGUUUAUCAUUGGAAGCGCAUCAAUCCUGUCCUGGGCACCAGCGAGGUUACCGUUGAGUGGCUUAUUGAUGACGAGUUCUAUUCUGUUGGGAACCCAAGAAAACUCAAGAGUGGGACCUAUCGCAUGAGAUACUUCGGCGAUUGGAAGAAGAUAAACGGGGAGAUCACACAAUUUGAAGGAAUUGGAGAAACCUUCCAGGUGCAGGUGUGA